GUCGGUUUGACAUUAGAUAGAUUUUUUAUGUAAUAACCCUGCCAGCCUAUCUCUCGAGAAUAUGGUGAAUGUCCAGCGUGCCUCAAGAUUUCAACAAAUUGUAACAAUUGCCGGGUGUGCAACAUAGAUAAACCCAACGUACUUUAAAAAUGGUGAAAGAGCUUCUUAGAUGAAGUGACGAAUGUGCGUUCAAAUAAUUCCCGCUUUCAUACUGCCACCAGAGAAAGUAAAUUGCAUUUGAAAGAAGAGAUGAAAUUAAACGUGAUGUCUCAGCUAUUCUUCAUUAUACAGGCCGUCAUGCAGCAUACGACCUCGUCUCCUCAGCAGUUUUGUCUGCGAUGGAACAACUACCAAUCAAAUCUCACCAAUGUCUUCGACCAACUGCUGCAAAGCGAAUCAUUCGUCGAUGUCACGUUGGCAUGCGACGGACACUCCGUCAAGGCGCACAAAAUGGUGCUGAGCGCCUGCAGUCCCUAUUUCCAAAGCCUGUUCUUCGAGAACCCCUGCCAGCACCCGAUUGUCAUAAUGCGCGACAUCAAGUGGCCCGAAUUAAAGGCCGCAGUCGAGUUUAUGUACAAAGGUGAGAUCAACGUGUCUCAAGAGCAGAUUGGACCACUUCUCAAAGUGGCUGAGUCUCUCAAAAUUAGGGGACUUGCUGACGUUAACGGAGAACAGGAUGUUGUUGCGCCUUCAGGUGACCUGACGGCCAGACCGAGCAGUGCGUCGAAGGCUGCCUCGACGCCCACGCCCAGAGAGUGGGGGGAGCGACCAGGCGGUGGUGGCGGCGGCGGCGAUACAGAAGACAGUGGGCGGGCUAAAAAACGACGGCGCGUGAGUGGCGAACGCGGCAGCGGCAGCAGCGCGGCGAGCAGCCCUUGUGGUGCAGGGGGCGGAGUUGCGAUUGAUGGGGCGGGACCAGGUGUGGGGGUAGGGGUUGACGGACAUCCUGACGCCGCUUCCUCUGCGCCGGCCACGCCCCAACAGCCGACAACUCCCCAGGCGCAAGCCGAACAGCCGCUCCAGCUCACGCUGCAACCAGUACAACCCGCCCAGCAACAGAAUCAACAACAGCAGCAACAACAGAAUCAUCACCAACAACAACAGCAACAGCAGGCUAUAGUCGCCGCCGCCCACCAGCAGAUGGCGCAUUCAUCGUCAUCUGCGGCGACCAUCGCGGCUGCCGCGGCGGCUGCGGUGGCGCAAGCUGCAAAUACGGCGGACGAUCUGGAGAUCAAGCCGGGCAUUGCGGAGAUGAUCAGGGAGGAGGAGCGGGUGAGUCGUACAUCCCAACUAGCAUUUUAAAAAAAGGGCUAC